AUGGCGACAUACCGCAGAAAACGACAAAACAGUCUUGGGCCUGACGAUGAAGCAAUCGUCCAGAAAAAAAGCAGAGUCGGCGACGCCUACCGCGAUGAAAUGGCUGAAGAUACUCACAUGCCGAGUUUCAUUCUCCGGGAAGGCGCCAGCGACAAUUUUUCCGGUUCCAUUCUCAGCGAGGAUUUCACCAAUCAAGCCAGCACUUUCUGCACGUCUCCAAACGACCCAAACGUCACCAUCUUUCCGCAUCAAACCCGCAGGAGGAUUCGCCUUCCUAGGGUUGGUGAUACCCGAAGCAGCGUAUUUGAUAUGGAAGAAUUGGAUGAGGAAGAGGAGCGUGAAUUCGGAGAACAUCGCCCCCCAAAGAACGAGUCCUGGAAGACCAGGUUCUCCUCUAUCCUUCGUCGGAGCCCGAGAAUUCGCGUUCCUAAGGCUGGUGAUACCCGAGGCAGCGUAUUUGACAUGGAGCAAAUUGAAGAGGAAGAGGAGCGUGAAUUCGGACCAUACCGCGAGCCAACCGCCGGAUCGUCUAGCAAUGCCCCGUCUUCUGGCCAAUCUCAGCAGGCCAGAGCUGGAGCCUUUCAAAGGGCUCGAGACCCUUCGCCAAUUCUCAACCCUCGCGUCGUGGAAGGUGACGACAAGCGCUCGAAAGACGAGUUGCAGAGAGCCGUUUCCUUGGAAGAAGACGGCAUCGCGAGCCACGAAACGAUUUCGUCCUCAAAAGCGGCCUUCGAGACCAAAUUUCUUGGCCAGCUCGCUGAACGGCUGGAUAUCACCAAUGUCGUUGCGUUGAGCCCGCAAGUUAUUGAAUUCGCCGGCGAGAACAUCUUGCUGAGCAUCAGGAACUUGGGAGGCCCCGUCAGAAUCAAGAUUGAGAACGGCCAAGAGAAGGCUGAACCCCCUCAAACUCACGAGGCUCUGGCUUGCACAAGCUCUCGCGAGUCCUCAUCCUCGGACACGGGUGAUCGUGCCACAGAAGCGGAGUCAGUCCACGAGCAUCCAGCUGGUGCAACUGACUCUGAGCUCUCCUCUCAAUCUGGCGCUCUGCAUCAAAGCCCAGCUUUCGAUGUCGGGCCUGAUUUUUCUCUGAGCGGCCAACAGGUUUCAGCCCCCAAGCAAGUAGCAGGCGAGCAGCGCACUUGGGCCAACUACGGCCAAGGUUACCGCAACUCGUCGACAUACACCGACCAGCGCCCUCGAAGCUUCAGAUAUCACAGAAAAAAGGGUGGAUACCUUGGCGGCAGCCGUGGCAGCCACAGAGGCAGCUACGGCUCUGCCCGAGAAGCUACGCACGUGGGUUUCGGAGGUAGCUAUGGAGGCGGCAAUGACGAUGACUAUAAGGUCGCUUACGGAGAUGGCUACCACACGGAGGGUCACUAUGGAGGUGGCCACCAAGGUAGCUAUCUUCGUGGUUUUGGCAGAUGGUCGCAAUAA